AUGACAGACCUCACCGAAGUAUCUGUUUACUCAGAAUCCUCGGACAUUUACAAGAAUGUUUUCUGCAACCCCGCGUUUGAGCUUGAUGGUGAGCGUGAGGAGAAAGUGGAAGGAUUCAGUUCUGCCAGUACUGCCAUGGCCCUAGAGCCACUGGGGGCCGUGGUGGUCUCUGUUGCAGCUGUGCUCCUGGUAGCAGCCCUGGGCCUGGCACUGGUGCUCAUCUUCACACAGCUAAAGGGGCAGAGUGUGGAUGGGGAAGUGGUGUCGACCAAUCCCCUGGACUUGUUGACUGGAGAUGGACUGCCUCGUGAUCUACCCACAACCUCCACCAACCACAGUCAGAGGGACAUUACAGUGGCCCCACAGCCAGCCAGAUACCCUACCCCUGAAACUAGAUGUGGGGGUGUAUUGACAGCCUCAGAGGGCAGCUUUAGCUCCCCCAACCACCCUGGAUCGUAUCCCCCGGACUCGCUGUGUGUCUGGGUGAUACGGGCGCGCCCUCCAUCUCUGGUCCAGAUCCAUGUGUCCUCUCUGACCAUAGAAGGACCAUCCCCCUGCCUCUUUGACUGGCUGGAGGUUCAGGAGGAGACGGAGCAGCCUUCUGUUGUCACCAGGUUCUGCGGCAACGUGGCACCCCCUACUGUGAACACCAACAGCAGCACUGUGUGGGUGACCUUCCGCUCUGACGGAAGCAUCGGAGGCAGUGGCUUCAUCGCCCAGUACCACGCCAUCACACCUGAACAGAAGAGCUGCUCCGGGGAGGAGUUUAUGUGUGACCACGGGCGCUGCAUCCUGCCUGUGUCAGUGUGUGACGGUCAGCCCAACUGUCAUGACCUCUCUGAUGAGGCCAACUGCAGCCACAAGCACAAAGAGUGUGGGGGCAAAAAGACUGGACUCUACGGCUACCUGGCGAGUCCAAACCACCCAAAGCCUUACCCUCAACAACAGUUGUGCACAUGGCAGAUCUCUGUGGAGGAGGGUCAUGUGAUCAGGCUGAGUUUCCAUAACUUCAGUCUGGAGACUCAGGACGUGUGUGAGUUUGACUAUGUAGAGGUGCGUGACCGUGCUGAUACCGGGGCCGGCAGAGUACUCGGACGGUACUGUGGCACCAGCCUGCCUCCUGAGCUGACCUCCUCUGGGCCUCAGAUAACUGUGGUAUUUGUGGCUGACGAGGGUGUGGCAGACAGUGGCUUCAACGCGUCCUACCAGGCCAUCUCCCUCUCUGAGAGAACAUGCAGUCCUACUCAGUUUGCCUGCAGCAGUGGAGAGUGCCUGCACCAGGAGUGGCUGUGUGAUGGCUGGACUGACUGUGCAGACGGGACAGAUGAGCACAACUGUGACAACUCGACCUAUCCCACUUUCAGCUUGUCCUGUGAGCCCAUCGAGGUGGAGAUGUGUCAGGGCCUGAGCUACAACCACACCUCCUUCCCCAACAUUUGGCUGUCCAUCGCUGACCAGAGAGAGGCAGCCACGCUGCUCCGUCAGUACAUGGUGCUGAUGGAGCUGGCGUGUUUCCAGCCCCUGCGCAGGCUGGUGUGUGGGAUGUUCAUGCCCCACUGCAGCCCUCAGGGUGGGGUGCUGCAGCCCUGCCGGUCAGUGUGCUCCUGGGCAGCGCAGCAGUGUAGUCAGGCCCUGGAUGUCUUCACCUUCAGCUGGCCCUUCAACUGCCACCUGCUACCUGACUCCCAAGACCCUAUGGAGUGCUCCAGCCCUUGAAGUAUAGCACCUGCCCCAUUCAUUUGCUACAGUACAACCAUAGUUAUGAGAUGAAUCCAACACAGGACUAUAAGAACUCUUAAGAAUACCAUCAAUGCUCCAAUCUUUUCAACGAGUCUUGCAGUCUCGCUUGGACACUGAACAUCAUCAUCAUCUAAGGACCUUUACAUGCAAAAAGAAUCACAAUGUUGCACUUCUGCAGACUCUAUAUGGUUCUAGCCUUGUACAGCAUAAUACAGAUGUAUGGAACAGAACAGGUUGGAGUUAACAUGGGAAUAGAAAAUAAAUGUACAUCUUAAUAAAAAACAAUGCUGAUUUUGACAUACUGUAGCUUGAUGUUUUGCAAAUGUGUGUGAUUGAACCAUACAUUUUUUGUGUAAUGAAUUUGACCGAGACAAUACCUGUA